AUGGUUUUAAAAUCUGGAAGAGAAGAUUACGGAGACUCUGCAGUUGGUUAUGUGCAAGUCAAGAGGAACGAGGAUAUGUGUACUGUGCAGGGUCGCAUUUGCCCGGAACAUAAAGUACGCUCGAAAUCGUACACAGUUAAAUGUCUUGUUAAUGAAAAAGACAGAGUCGUCGAAAAAGUUGAUUGCAAGGAUUGCGCUGCGUCUACUGGAGGGUGCAAACACUCAGUUGCGUUUCUGAUGUGGUUGCAUAGGCGAUCAGAAGAACCAGCUCCUACUGCCGUGUCUUGUUAUUGGAAGAAGGCAGUAUUGGCUCAAGUUGAGGCUGACGAUCAUGGUCCAGACAAUUUCAUAUCAUUUUGUUCAAAUAUUUUAUCUCAAGACAACAUUGCAGAUUCGUCUUCUUUAACUGAAAGCCAAAGUGAAAAUUCCCUUUGGUACGAACUUCGUUAUGGACGCAUCACUGCAUCAAAAUUAUAUGAUGCGAGUGUUUGUAAAACUGUUUCGGGUAGUUUAGUUAACCAAGUCAUGGGUGUCUCAAAAAAAUUUACUUCUGAAGCUAUGAAAAGAGGACUACAUUUGGAAAAGUUGGUUUUGAAAGAGUUGGAAAGAGUUUUGGAGACCAAAAUUCGAAACUGCGGCUUCACUAUUUUAAAAAAUGCUGCUAUUUUGGGAGCUUCUCCAGAUGGUAUCACAGAUGACGCAGUAGUCGAAAUAAAAUGCCCUAUGUCGGAAAAAACAGUUUCGAAUUAUAUUACGCCAAACGGGGAAAUACGUAAAAAAUACUUGGCACAGAUUAGUUUACAAAUGCAUGCCACAAAUCGUAGGAAAGGUGUAUUCUGCAUAGCACAUCCUGAUUUCGAAAAUUCAAAAAAAAUUAAAAAAGUUCUUGUUGAUUAUGAUUCUGAUCAGUUGAGAGAUCACAAAUUUCAAAUAAUUGACAUUUCUGAUAAAAAUAUUAUUGAACCAAAAUACAAAACCAUUACGAGCAACAGGUUUGAUACUUAUAAUCUAAAAAUGAAGCAUUCAGAUUUGGAUUAUAAAAAGAUGGAAUAUACCGAUCCAAAUAAUAUAUUUUAUGAUAAAAUUUCAAAUGCAUUUGAGGAAACAGCUUCAACAAAAAAUUCUAAAUUGAAAUCAGAGUUGAAACCAUGGUUUAAAGAAAAUUUAGCAAAUGUUACUUAUCAUACCCAUCAGCAAAGAUAA